AUGUCCUCAUCACCAAACGAGUCAAAGACUCUGUGUGACUACCUCGGAAUAGAGGAGGCAGUGGACUAUGGUAGCGAUACCAGUGUCCAGGGUGAUACAGGGACAAUGUCCGACUCAUUGAUGCCUGAGGCACAACCUUCGAACAACUUAAGUCCGUUCUCUGAACGUGGAGAUGCGAGCGCGCCACUGGUGCAGCAUUCAACACCUGGUUCUGAUGAAACUAUCAUCACGAACCCGCUCGAUGAGCAAGAAUAA